AUGCGAAAGUACGAGCCACGUAUCAGCGACGAAGAAGAGGAAAGCACUUCGGAUCUGGAUCAAGCGAAUAGCCCGGCUUUGGCGUGUCCUGCGCCAAUCUUCGCCCCAGCGCCACAGCGCGGUUCCCCCUGGUCGGCAUCUUUGGGCUCGCCCCAACCACUUGUCACAUUCAACAGCCCCACCGGUCUUUCAUCAUCUGGUCCGUCGGCGUUCACAGCGGUCUCACCGACCAACCCGGCCAGCUCACUGACAACAUCAACGGCCACCAUCUACGAUCAGUUAAUGUGCAUACCGAAACUGUUGCAAGAGAUCUCGAACAACAAUCAUAAAGUCCUUCGGACCAGGAUGAACAAUACCGCCUACAAGCCGAUUCCGAAUAGUGAGAAAGUCGAUCUUGCUCGAUUUCGGGUGAAAGACCCCAAUGAAUGGUUAUGCGACGAUGUGAUGGCCUGGGUUUUGGAUGUCGCCAAACGGCACAAUAUCCCUUUUGACCAAUUGAAUCUGCAUGGAUUCUCAACGGUUUCCGGUCAAGAGAUGCGAUUAAUGAGCGAGCAGGCAUUUAUUGAGAAAGAUAGCUCGAAUGGAAAUUUGAUUUUCAACGAAUUCCGAAAAUUCGUUAUCAAUGCAGAAGACACCACUCUGGACACAGUGAUCAGUAAAUUCGUCGAUGAUGAAAUUGCAACUACAAGUGCAUCAGCGCAGUGCAUCGAUAUGUCCUCUUUGGGAUUAACACCAAUGAUUAGCAACAUCACAUCUUCGAUCCAACCACCAAUACCACAUCCGGCUUCACAGCUUGGCCAACUUCCGGUCAUGCAACAUCAGUUGAACAAUUUGAGCAGUUUGACACAAGUACUAACCCAACAAUCAUUCAACCCAACAAUCCUGACGCCUCAGCAGACCGCCAACGCCGUUCAAUCGCUUAACCAAUCGCUAACCCUCAACAAUCCCUUGAAUCAAUCUCUGGCUUCGAGUCUUGCCGCUGGAUUGACAAGCGGUCUUAGUCCACUGGGCGUCAAUUAUUUACCCAAUGGCUUGAAUCCGACGUCACCUCUUCUAGCGACCCAAAUCCCGCAGCCCAAGAUGUCACCAAUGCUCAAAUAUUCGUGCUCGAUCAACUCUGAAUACGAAUUACCCGAAGAGAGGUCAGCAGAGAGCUGUGAUCUGAAAAUCAAGAAAAACAAGGAUGGCAAGCCGAGAAAACGCUCGCAACACACCAAGGGAAAUAAAUUAUGGGAGUUCAUUCGUGAUGCGUUGAAGGAUCCAUCAACGUGUCCGUCUGUAGUGAGAUGGGAAGACCCGAUUGAGGGAGUAUUUCGUAUAGUGGAGUCCGAGAAGCUUGCCCGAUUGUGGGGCGCUCGAAAAAACAAUGAGAAAAUGACAUAUGAAAAGCUCAGUCGAGCAAUGAGAACCUACUAUGAAAAGCAAAUACUGGUCCCCGUUCCUAAAACCGGUCUUUAUCCUAAAAAGUUGGUUUACAAAUUCGGACCAGGUGCACAUGGAUGGGAAAAUGUAAAAAUCGAACGAAUGUAA